GGGACAGAUGUUAAAGGGACCGCGCACAUGUUCAUGGCCCUCGCUAGCGGCCCAGAGGAAUCCGGGGAGGCGCCUGCUCCCCGCUGCAUCCCCCGCCCCGCCCCGCCCCUCCCCUCACGGCGCCGAGCGAGAGCCCAGGUGCAUUGUGGGAAGUGGAUAUGAUGCGCACGCUCCACCAGCAUGUGGCAGCAGCACUGACGCUUGCAGAGCUCAUCCCUGCAAUGCUGGAAUGACGUGAUGAUGCCUGGAGCCACGGCAUCCUUGGUGAUCUUAAAAAGGGCUCCAGAGGUGAUCCCGGCAAUUACAGACCGGUCCAACUCUACGUGGCUUUUGGCCUAUUCAUGGUGGAAAAAAGUGAUGCUGCCUCCAUGGCUGACUCCGCCCGGCAACUAAUGAUGCUGCUGCCAUGUCUGACUCCGCCUGGCAACUAGUGAUGGUAUCUCUGUCCCUCUCCCCCAGCCAAUGGGAGCUGUGGGGACCGGCGCAGCAUGGCUGCAUGUAUCUCUCCUCUGCAGGCCACAGUGGGGAGGUUCUCGGGCCGCAGAUGGCCUGCAGGCCGGGACUUUGAGACUCCUGCUUUAGAGUCUUUAAAUCAGGAUUUGACAUCUUUUUAAGAGGAGAUAGGUUCUGUCUAGUUAAACCACAAGUUAUUGGCCCUGAUACAGGAAUCAUAGCCUGAAAUUCUGCGGCCAUGUUACACAAGAGGUUAGAUUAGAUUAUCAUAGCGGUCCCUUCCGGUGUUAAAAUCUGUGAACCUCAUAGUGCUUUACAUCACUCCCAUUUGAGAAAUGAGGAAAAGGGGGCAUGUUGAGGAGAAAUGACCCACACGGCAAGUCAACGGUAGAUCUAGGAACAGAACCCAGGAGUCUUGAGUCCCUGUCACCAAGCCAAUAUCUAUGUUAAAUUCAACAUUACCUUUGAAAAAGUCUAUGACUGUCAGUCUAGUAUUUCUAGCAUCUCUACCGGGAGACUGGAGACUUGCAGCUUGUGUGGGAGGUUUUCUUCAUGUGUCUGUCUCAGCAGCUGGAAUGGGUUUGAUGACUGAAUUCAUAGACACAAUACUGUGGAACAGCUCAGGUACUGUCAGAGAUCCCCUGGGCUAAAUCCCAACCUUUUAUCCAAAUUAAAUAACAUUCCUCAUCAGCCGCACCGAUGCAGGCGAAGCUGAUAAAAUCAAAUAAAUGAAUAUUUUACAUUGCUGUGGAACUUUUCAAUUGGUUUCAGAUAUUUACAGGUGACUGAGAACAGCGGCUUGGUGUAUGGAAACACUGUGCAACCUAUUGCUGGUGCUGCUACAAUACCAGCAGGAAUAGCUGGGAAUACCCUGCUCUGAAAUACAGCCACCCUGCUGUGACAGUGAGGCAGGAAUCUGGGACACCGAUCAACAGAGAGAAUUUUGGACCAAUGACUUUAGAGCAAAAACCCUACUCAUGAAAAGUGCCAUGGAAUCCUGAAUACACACAUAGAACAAACAGGAUAUUGGCACUCAAGGUCUCAUCAGAAAGACCUUCAUGCAGUAAACUGCAUGGAGCUCAUCCGUUUAUUGACCUUGGCUGGAAGGAUGAAGAGCUAGGCGAACCCUGCUGGAAUUUGAAGCUGUGAUUUCAUGGAAUCUGGGUGUCUGGGGGCUCCUGGUUAGCAGUUUCAAAAAUGCUUUAGCUAAAAAACCCCCUACCAUUUCCUACCAAAACCUCCUUGGGGAGAGGCGGGAAUAUUUUAAACCGUGCAAGUCAGAAUUCUGCUUCGCUAGUUAGAACUGAGCUCCAGCUUGUUGUUUUUAGAGGAGUAUGUGCCAAGGGAAGUCUUGUCUUGCAGGGAAGUGUGGAAAGAAGACGGAAUGAAUAAAUUGGUUUACUUCCAUUCUCUGCUGAGCCCCAGAUCCCUGCCACAUGCUGAACAGCCAGCAGAGAGGGAUAUCACUCCAUUCCCCUUUGUGUAGGAUGGCAGGCAUGGAAAUCUCAUUUUGCGGUUACGUUUUGACAUCAGGAUUAAAAAGAGCUUGAUCGGGUUAAUUUCACUUCACCAGGUGCUGCUGCAUGGGUGGGACACAGCACGCAUUGGGUCCUCUCUAACAUACUGGGGCUGGAGUAACUGUGAUGUGCUCAACCACAGCUUACACCCAGUGCUGAGGGAGAAUGGCUGGCCAGUGCUUAAAAAUACCACCAGGUGUAUUGUUCCUUCCUCUUUCUAAAAAGUGCCACAAGAUCUUGAACAGCUGCUUGUGAGAGGGACACCAGCUGGAAGAAGGGACCUCAGAUUAACUUCUCCGAAGCAGAGCAUCUCCCCGGAGCACCCAUUGUGUUAUGCUGCAGUACAGCUGUUCUUAAAUGGUGGCCCCUGGACCAAUUGGUAAACCUCAGGGCAUUUGGUCCCCAGGUAGCUGGCUGGCUGCAUUGGGCUGGCUUCUCCUCCUUGUAGGCAGCUUCUGCACUUCAUGAAAAGCUAGUUUCAAAUGCUAUACAAAGCUCCCCUGAGGAAGUGUUAUCCCAAUGGGAGAGACUCACCCAAGCCCACCUGGGCUCGCUGGGUUUACUAAUAAGAGUGUGAUGCCAAUGAGCACAUGUAGGUUUCCACUUGGGAAGGAGCUUGGAGGAAGGUACCUGGAAGAGACCGGUCAACAGCUGGCCAAGAGAAGCCAUUUUCUCCAGGGUUGAGGAGGGCUGGCAAGGCAAGGAUUCCCAGGCAUACAAAGAGCUUGCACAAGAGAAGCUUCAUCAUCGAAUGAAGGGCUGGAAUGGAUGGGCCGCCAUGUGGGGGAAUAGCUCCCCCACCCAGAUGCAAGGAGGCGAAAGGGGAGUUCCCCUCCUUCGGCGAGGCUGUAAUGACAAACACAACGACCCAGGCAGGGCGGCACAGUGGAAGCUGGUUCAGAAUGCUGAGUGUGUCAUUUUAACAGCGCGCUUCCCUGUUCCUUUCAAAAGCCCAGCCCAGAAUAACGGCCAGAGGGUGGGGGAAGCCAGGCCGCUGCAGCAGAAAGGGGCAGGAAGACCCGAGUCACACACUGAACAAGGACCUGUGUGUGGAUACUGAAGUUAGAAAAAAACCCCAACCCACGUUUCAAAUUCCCCUCUCUGACAUCGAAUUCAAAGCCAGACCUCCAUAGGCGUCCAGUAAGCCUGGGGCUGCCUCUUCUCUCUUUCCGUUCGGGGAACCUACAUUAGGCUGGUGGCCGGCAUAGCCCUGUGAGUCGCCAUGAACGCGCAUCCCCGUCGCAUCCGCCUGAAGCCCUGGCUUAUCGCCCAAGUGAACAGCAACCAGUACCCAGGCCUGCAGUGGGUGAACCCCGAGCGGAAGCUCUUCUGCAUCCCCUGGCGCCAUGCCACCCGGCACGUCCCCACGCAGGACGACGAGAACACCGUGUUCAAGGCCUGGGCCAAGGAGACCGGCAAGUACAACGAAGGGGUAGAUGAGCCGGACCCAGCCAAGUGGAAAGCCAACCUGCGCUGCGCCCUCAACAAGAGCCGCGAGUUCAAGCUGAUCUACGACGGCACCAAGGACACGCCCAUGCAGCCCUACAAGAUCUACGAGGUGUACGAGGGCCACCAGCCCAACGGAGACUCGCUGGCCGGGGACGAUCACACCUGCUGCCUGGGCGAGGAGGAGGAGGAGCUGCAGAAACUGACGACGCUGACGAUAGCGGAUCCCAGCCAGUGCGUGGAGCCGCUCCCCUCCUACGUGUGGCCGAAGCGGGAAGUCCUGUAUCCCAACCCCUGCGGGAACGGCUCCUUCCCCCCGCUGGGCGCCCAGGAACUCCUCCACCCGGACGUGUCGGCGCCUCCGCCUCCCACCGCCGGCGCCUUCGCAGCAGGGGAGCUGCCCGCCCAGAGCCCCGCCGGGAGCCUGCAGAACCUGCCCCCCGGGGACGUGUCUCUGCAGCCCAUGGAACAGUUCAUCCCAGACCUGCUCAUCAGCCCGCACAUGCUGCCACUGACCGACCUGGAGCUCAAGUUCCACUACCGCGGGCGGCAGGCCAGCUCCCUGACCAUCAGCAACCCCCACGGGUGCCGGCUGUUCCACAGCAGCCUGGAGCCCACGCACGAGCAGGUGGAGCUCUUCGGGCCCGUGACGCUGGAGCAGGUGCGCUUCCCCAGCACCGAGCACAUCCCCAACGAGAAGCAGCGCUUCUACACCCACCAGCUGCUGGACGUCAUGGACCGGGGCCUGAUCCUGGAGCUGCAGGGCCAGGACAUCUACGCCGUCCGGCUGUGCCAGUGCAAGGUCUUCUGGACGGGGCCCUGCGCCGGCGAGCGGGCCGGCCCCAACCCCAUCGAGCGCGAGAGGAAGAUCAAACUCUUCAGCCUGGAGAACUUCCUCAACGGGCUCAUCCUGUUCCAGAAGGGCCAGACCAGCACGCCGCCCCCCUUCGAAAUCUUCCUCUGCUUCGGGGAGGAGUGGCCGGACCAGAAGCCGAAGGAGAAGAAACUGAUCACCGUCCAGGUCGUGCCAGUGGCCGCCCGGAUCCUGCUGGAGAUGUUCUCUGGGGAGCUCUCCUGGUCGGCAGACAGCAUCCGCCUACAGAUCUCCCAUCCGGACCUGAAAGACAAGAUGGUGGAGCAGUUCAAGGAGCUGCAUCAGCUCUGGCAAAACCAGCAGAGCCUGCAGGCCCCCCCGGCCUCGAACCUGGAGCCAGGCCCAGGCCCUUGGGCAAUGCAGGCCAGCAGCAUGCAGCAGUGAGGACGUGGGCAUGUCGCACACACUCACCCGCUUCCUCUCCCUCCUGACGGGCGCCCGGGUGAGCCUGGCCGUGCACGCCAGCCCUGAGGAGGGGGAGACGAGGCAAACGGAUCUCUACAGGGCGAUGCUCCGCCGGAUCCGUCGCCGCAGGCUGCCCGGCUCAGCUGCCCGCUCCACGCCAACCUCCCAGCUGUGGACCCCAAAGGGGCAUGGGGGAGGGGGCCCUUCCUGCAUGGGAUGGAUGGAGGCCGGCCCACACCACCACCUGCUGGGAAUACACGAGGCUGCGGGCCAGGCCCCACCUUGCCAGAGCACUGCAGGGACAGGCAAGGCCUGCGAAGGAGGAGAGACUGUUAGACCCACGGCCCUGGGCACUCACGAAAACUGCCUGGUGGGUGGGCAGCAGGUGCUGGGGCCUGCUGAAAGGACAGGCCUGGCCUCGCUGUCAGGCCCGAUCCAGCCUGCGGGCGUGAAGGAGCCCGAGGCAACACUGCAGUCCCAGUAUCCGGGAACUGGCCUGGCACAGAGACGCAGCCAGGGAAGUGCUCAGCUGUUAAUAAAAGCAACCACUUGCCU